AUGUAAUUUGAAGAAUUGACAUGUGGCCUCUGCCAAAGGUAGUAUUCCAACUAAGGCGACUUAAUACCAAGGUUGCUUCCAGAGUGCGGACAUACCUACUGCACUUCAUGUUUAAACACACUACUUUCUCAAAGUGAGGGAGAGUUCUUCUGCCCAGAAGACAAGUAAAAUUUAAUAAAUCUUAUUCAUAAUUGUAGUAUUUAAUGCGUGAGAAAGAAUUCUGCAGAGGAAUACCCUAAAAAUUUUGCUCUGCUAAGAUUAGCGGAGAAGACGUUAUUGAAGGCUAAAUAGCAAUAGAUGGAGUAGUUGAAGUAACAAUAAUUUCAGUAGUAGCAAUAAAUGGCGUAAGAACAACCAUAAUCUCAGCCAUAAUAGCAAAGGGAGCAGCUCUAACCUGUACUGGAAGAAGAACUUUGCAAGCUUCAUUAGAGGAAGCUUGAAAUUAUAUGCAUAGAUGAUCGCUAAAGGAUAUGUUCAAACUGUGCCUUAUUCGGAAAUCAUAAGAACCAUGAUAUUAGGAUGGAAGCAGAUGUGCUUACUGAAAUCGAGGUAAGAACGGAGUGUUUAAUGGAGAUGUAUUAAAUGGUAGAAUCUAAUUAACUAUGCAAGGUUGACCAGAAUUAAGUCGAUUAGUUGCUUAUUCAGUUUAGAUCCAAGAGUCAUGAGCUUAAAUAGCUUGUUUCAACCAAAUUCAAAGAAUUAAAAGCUUCUCUAAAAAUUUAGGAACAGCAGACUGAACAGAUUCUUAAGAAAAAUCUACAGCACAUUGAAAAUAAUUUCCAAAUUAUCAAAGACGUACCUUAGAGAUUAUUUGAUGAUGCCGAAAAGUGGUUGAAAAAUGCUAAAGUUCAACUUGAUAGAUUCACAAUGCAAUCUCAAAAUCCUAACUACAUUGCAUUUGACAUGCUUGAAAAUAAGAUUCAAAAAAUGUACACCACUGAGCAAGAUAUCAUACAACAAGGAGAAAAGAUUUUGUUGUAACUUGAUGGAUAGAAAGAUGUCUCGGCUCAAAAAAUUGAAACUAUGAUCUCAUAGCUUAAUGUUGUCUUUGACAAUAACGCUAUAAAGAGUAUCAAUGAAAUUUGUAAAUGUGAUCCUAUUGAGGGCGUAUCAGUACUCGGGGAUGAAGUUGCAGAAGAAAAAUAAGGAAUAAAGUACACAGGUAUUACUCAAACCACCAUAGGAGCUGGUAAAGUUCCAACUAAUCAAUUUGGUACUACUCCUCAAGGAAUUGGUUAAAAUUAAUAUGUUACUAAAAAGCCUGGCCAUGUCUUUGGAGAGGAUGAGCAUGAUUUACUUUCUGAUAUGUCUUUUACACAUAUUGAGCACAUGUCACCUUUUAAGACUAAAUCAACAUAGAAUCUAUAAAAUUACGAGCCAUUGAAAAGUAAAGCCAAUCAAAAGCAGCCUGUUUCUAUUCCAUAAAAGUAAAUGGUCUUAGUGCAUUUAUCCUCUGAGGAAACUCCGACAGCAACUCCAGCUUAAACAACAAAUGCAGCAGAAAAAGAAGAAUUGGAUGAUGAAUUGAUCAAUGAAAUUGAGAACUACCUUAAGGAUGUCAUGGAAUAAAAUGAAAAAGUUAUUGAUAUUUCUGAGACAUAAAUUGGAAAUUACGGAGCAAAAUGCGUUGGAGCUGUUUUAGCAUUAUGCGAUGGCUUAGAAGAAAUUAGACUAAGCAAUUGUGGCAUUAAGGACGAUGGAGCAAUAGAACUGUUUGAAGAGCUUAAGUCUUCUGAUUCUGUGGUUGUUUUAGAUUUAAGCAAGAAUCCAAUAACUGAAAAGUGCUUCGACGGUCUAGCUGCGCUUCUGAAUGUAAAUAAAAAAAUUGAAAGAGUGGAGAUAAAGGGCAUAACAAUUAGAAAUAAGUUUACUAUGAACAAAAUAAAGGCUCAGCUAUCUAGAAUAGUCAUGUGA